AUGUCCGCUAUAAAUGGCGAAGUUAGUCUUGAAGCACAGUUGUGGGACGAUGACCGUUCAUGGGUAGAGCAGCAACCAGAAGCAAAAGAAUUCACCGAAAAAGAUGUUCUGCCUUUUUUGUUACAAGCACAAGAUAUCAUUUCUAAGUUAGAAUCCAGAGUGGUGGAACUGGAAAAUGAUUUGUCUACUAUCUACGGCAAAUAUGAACACGAUAGAAAAGAAUGGUUAACAGGCUUAUCUCAAAAAGAUGAUUAUAUAACACAUCUAUCAAGUAGACUAUCAAAAACAGAAUUCAAUAGCCGGGAAGCAAUCACUUUACUAGGCGACUUAUUAGGCGAAAAUCAUAAUACUUUAUCAUCGACCAACACGGAGCAUAUACAGUCAACCAUAAGAUUAUGCCUUCACUACCUGAGAAUGCAACAAACAUCACAAUAUGAAUCUGUACUCUAUCUGAACGAACUAAGCGAAGAAACAACAACAACAGCAAUAACAAAGCACAACAACGAUCAUCCCAACCAAUCAUGUGAUAUCGCAGAGGAGGAGCUACUGCCUUAUUCUUUAACCGCAUCGUUUAGUACCACCACUGCUUCAUCCUUCCAAUCAUCAUCAUUAAGACACUCUGAGGAGCAACAUAUGCAACUCUCUUCGAUAUACACAGAAUCAUCGUUUACCUUACCUUCUUCAAGUUCUAUGUCCGUUCCAAAGGAGCUUGAGGAAGUGGUCGAUGCCACCACAACAAGAUCAGCACGGGUCAACUCCUUUUCUUCAUUUUGCACGAAUUGCAAACAAUUAUUAUCUCAACUCGACGCUCAAGUGGAGAAGCAAGCCUUUCUCAAAAGGGAUCUUGAUUCUCUCGCUUCCGCCUUAAACGACGAAGAGCAAACUCGUCUAUUGAUCGAACAAGACAAAUUGGAAUUAGAGCAUGAUGUCGAAGUUAUAACAUGUUCACUGUUUACUUAUCUGAACGAAAUGCUAAUGGACGAAAUGAAUAACAGGAAAGAGCUGAUACAGUUGGACCGUGACUUAAAGGGGAAGUUGUUUCAAAUGGUAGAUGCAUGGAAUGUACGCGGAGAAAGACUUAAACAAAUGAAGGAAUUAUUAGUAGAAUUAGACUCCACAGUUCACCAGAGCUCCAACCUAACCAGUUGUGCAUCUGUAAGACGUGCUUCUUUCCAUCAGCGAUAUCAUCAGCAGAAACGAUCAUCCUUUUCUUCGACAUCAACUGCAGUCACGCAGUCUUCCUUAUCUGACAGUAGCAGCAAUACUAAUAGGCAUGAUAGCUCUUUAGCAUGGUACAGCAAUGAAUCAAACGCGACACAAACAAAUGUCAUACGACUGGACGGGAUUAUGCUGCAGGAGUUCAAAGACCAUUUAAACACUUUAUGUGAUGCAAAGAAUGACCUACUAAUACCUUCUACACCCUUUGCCAAGCGAGUAUUUUCAGAAGAUGUCGAACCUUGUUUGUUUUUCAAUUCAAGCAAGCAAUUCUCACAGAAGAGCUGGUGGUGGGGAUCGGGUUGGUUUAAAAGAAGACUCUUAGAUGCCAUUUUGAAGAACGAAUGUGACAUACAGUAUUGGACCUAUCAUCGAAAUUAUUCUUAUACGCAGACAGCUUCGGAAUCCAGGACCAGUGAUAAUCCUUCUCCUUUAACGACUUCUAUCGGUAAUAUGAAUGCAUUGAGAGAGCACGAUGAUGAGGUAAAUUUUAAGGCACAACAACAACAACAACAGCCUCCAAAAUUCAAGUGUGCAUGUUGUAACAUGUUAAGACCAUGCGAGUUUAGGCUGAAGUUACCCAACAUUAUCAAUGGUAACAGUAGCAGCAGGCAGCAGCAGCAGAUAAAGCAACAAGAAGAGUAUUGGUUGCCUAUUGACCGGUUCUGUAGAGAUCGUGUGGUGGCUGUCUGCAGCUAUUACAGCUUCAUGUCUCACUUGAAAUUUACGGCUUUUGCAUCAAAUGCACCCAAUAUCAUAUUUCUAUUCAAACAAGUGCUACAUUUUCGUCGGAAAAUGGCUGCGGCAAAAGUGGGAUCAGUUGAGUUAUUUGAUUUGGACGAGAGAGAAGAGGAAGAAAAGACAAAGAGGUUAAUUAUACAGACAGAAGCUCUAAAGCGAAAGUCCAGCAUAUUUGUGCCAGCCACUAAUACUAGCAGUAUACAUAAGAGAUGGACUUUUCAGCAACAGCAAAGGCAAAGAGGUAAUAAGCAUAGUCAUAUCUCUAAACUGACAGACAAUAGCAGUGCUACCAGUCAUCAUAAUUCAUCGACAACUUUAGUGGAGGUCGUAGGAAAUCAACAAUUCAUUAUUGUCAAGUAA